GAAAUCAAACCCUAAGAUUGUGUUCAGCAUUAUGCAAAACCUUAACAAAUACCUGACUUACCUCUUAAAGUGAAACAAUUAAUCUCUUUUUUUUUGUUUUUUUUACCCCUGCCCAUGGUUGUGGCCAUUUUGUCUGCCUUGCACUUAAUUUGAGCCAACUGUGAAUAUGAUUUGUGCCAACAUAAAAUGCUUCACUUGUUUGGACCCAAGUGGUCUCCCCCUUCGUUAAACUGUUUAUUUAUUUAGUUAUUUUUUUAACAGCAAAAUCACACCUUAGAGAUGACGCAUCAUCGCAAAGCAGAGGACUGUGGCAAGUCUUUUCAUUUGUCCUCAACUACCCGUAACAUAUUCGUGUCGCUCUGUGAGCCCGCAGCUCUGUAACUGUCUAUCAUGAACGAAGGCAAACAGCCCGCAGCACUGUCUUGGCCAAGUCAGGCUUAUCGCAAGGAGAACUAAACAAGCCCGAGUGUUGCACCAGAAAUAGUUCAAGUGGCAUAUCCAUGAAUGUUUUUGUUCCGUAUUCAUUUGAAUGUUACUCGUGUGCGCUCAUCCUCCUGUCGACCUGUCUGCUUGUCUAUCUGCAGCACUUUGCUGUCCUCUUGAAGUAUGUCAUCCAUGUGGCCAUUCCCGACAUUCCGACAUGGGUGAGAGAGGAGAUGGCUAAACUGGAUUAUCAGCGCAGGGAGGCCUUUAAGAAGCACGAGCGUCAGGCUCAGCAGCACUACCAGCAGCUGCAGAGGAAGAAAAGGGAGGAGGAGGAGAGGCAGAGGCAAGUGGAGCAUAUGGCCCGCAGAGAAAGGGACCGGGACGACGGCAAAGGCGACUCCUCCGGAGAUCACCACCACGACAAAAGUCACAGCGGCAAAUCGCGCCCUGGCGGUGGCGGUAGCGGUAGCGGUGGCGGUGGAGCCGGCGGAGGCGGUUCGGACAAGCCCAAGAGGCCCAGCUCCCUGCUGGCCAACAACAACGUGAUGAAGCUCAAACAGAUCAUACCGCUGCAGAGCAAGUUCUCCUCAGGUGGUGCCCGCUCCCCUCAGUCGCCCACUGAAGCAAAGCUGCCAGGGUUCCUCAGCUUCAAAUUCCUCAAAUCACCCGAGAAUAAGAAGGAGUCCGCGGCGGCUUCCUCGACGGCUUCCGCGGCAGCCGCGGCAGCCGCCGCUGCCAAUGGUACGUCGACAUCAUCUUCAUCAUCAGGUAGCAGCUCACACGAGCGUUCUCAGUCACCCAGCAAAGCCUUCAACCCUGGAAAAUUGUUUAAUUUUGGAAAAUCCGAAGCGGGGACGUGCAUCAACGGGGUGCCCCUUCCCAGGUCCGGGGAGGGAUCCUCAUCAUCACAGAUGUCAGAGAGACCGGCUUCCAGGUCCGACUUGAACGGCAUUCCGGAUGAAAUCCCUUCACCUGGAGGGGAGGGGUCAGAGGACGGACAUUCGAGUGAGUUGGACCCUCCUGGCCCCAAAGUCUAGUAGCUCCUUUGGUUUCACCUCAACGGAAGAACUAACGUGAGGAGACAUGAGGCAACGGCAGGCACUGCUCUGUUGUAGCACUUGAACUUGAAAUGGAUUCCUGUUGUUUCUGGUUCACUUGAGCGAAAAAAAAGAAAAAAAAAGAAAAUAGGCUUCACCAGAACAAUAUGACCCUGUGGCACCACAACAUACUUACACGACACACACAAUCAUGUCUGCAAUACAUAAAGAAAUGCAUGAGCUGCAUUUCUUUUAUUUUUAAGCCUUCAAAGCAAAAAGCUGUGUUUCUUAAUUUCUUCUGUGGCCAAUUGCGAGCAUCUUCCAAAAGCCCAGACAGAGGAAAAAAAAAAAGACUUCAUUGAAAAGUCAUCUCUUAAGUGUACUAGAUAAGAGUGUCAUCAUAAAUCAGUAUUAGAUAACUGCCUUGAUUUUAACUGUGAAAUAUUUGGCCCCUCUUUUUAUGUGGAAAGAAAAAUGAAAAGCAAUAUUAAUCAGUCUUUUAAUUUGGAGUAAUGCUGCAGUUUCUUCUUGUGACAAAACACCUCCCUUUGCGGGUAUCCUUGAUGAAUCCACCCGCUUUAUUUUCUAAGCCGAGGUGAGGUCGAAGCUUCGGACACAUUUUCCCCAUCUGUGGCAAUAUGGGAUUCAUUUGAAACAACAGUCCUGCUGUCACCCCCCCCAGCCCACAAAGGACAGUUAAAGAAGUAAAAGAAAGACGGGAAACUGAGCAAAUGGUACACGCACGCAGUCCUCCUCUCACAGAUGGUUCUCCAUUUAACACCCUCGAAACACACUUGGCUAUUGAGCGGCAAAUUAAAGUUACUUUUGCACUAACUGCUACUUUUCUCUGCAGGAGACGACAGCCUGCCUGACACAUUAUGCAAACAGGACUGGAUAGAUUUCCUCCUUUCCACACAGUACACGGGCAGAAAUAGUGAACAUUUAUUUUUGCAAGGUGCUUUCAUGACGCAAUUGCUUUAUUAGUGCUAAUAAUUUUACUUUGGACCAAAGUUUUUUUUUUCUCUCAUAUGAAACUGUUCAUAUAAAUGAUGCUUUGUUAUAAUUUUCCAUUUGGCACUUUUGCCAGCAGAUGGCGCCAGAAUUUUUGUUACAACGUGUCCAAAAGUGUGCAGACUGACCCAAGAACAUGCCGAGCAGGCGUCGCCAUCUGGGUUGAGAGACAUUUACCUAUGCAUUCCCACAUCACUGGCACUGAUAAGGGUUUUGGCAAUAAGGGAGGACAUUUACAUGUAAGAGUCAGUACAUACGCUUGUCUCGGGCCGCCCAUAUUUGUUGUGCAUCUCGUCCACUUGUUCGCCUCCGCAUCAAUCGAGGUGAACGCAGCUCUCCUCGUGCACAGAUAAACAGAUAACCAACUUUAUUUUAGUGUCACAAUAGGUCCAUGAAGAAAAUACAUUUAUAUAAAAUCGCCGAUGCAUAAAGAAAAUACAUGGUUGUAAUGAUGCGGAGGGAGUAAAAAUGUGUCGUUGAUACAAUAGUGUACAUGCAAUAAGGGAAUAUGCAGUUGUCAAACUAUGUAUUAUUUUAUAAUUUGGGGGAGGUGAUUGUUUAUUAUAAUUACCAGGCUAUGAGAAAUACAUACAGUGCCAGUACAGUAUGAUUUUUCAGAAGGGUAGGU